AUGACGCUGUUUAAAGUACUUCAGUCUACUGUGCUGGAGUUAGGACAAAAGCAACUGUACUCUCUGGAGGAGGCUCCAACACUUUUCGAACAGUUUAUAAAAGAUUACAAUAAAGAGUAUGAUGAGAACGAGAAGGAAGAAAGGUUUAAAAUAUUUGUGAACAAUUUAAAGGACAUUAACGCUAUGAACGAGAGGAGUUCCAAUGCUGUUUACGGUAUCAAUAAGUUUUCGGAUCUGAGCAAAGAAGAAUUCCUAAAAUACUAUACUGGUCUGAAACGAGAGGAGAUUCCAUCGAAUGAGGAUCGUAGAAGUACUGAUUUGCCAGAAUCAUUCAAUGUUACUGCACCGGAUCAAUUUGACUGGCGAAAGAAAGGAGUUGUUAGCAGCGUAAAGGAUCAAGGAGGAUGUUCUUCUUGUUGGGCAUUUAGUGCGUCUGGUAAUGUGGAAAGCAUAAAUGCCAUAAAAACUGGAAAAGUUGUAAACGUGUCUGAGCAACAACUAGUAGAUUGUGAUACCCAGGAUUACGGAUGUAUAGGAGGAUUGGCGUGGAUUUCAAUGAGAUAUUUCCUCGAUCAUGGUGCAAUGUCUUUGAAGUCUUAUCCUUAUGUUGCUAAACAAGGAAAAUGCGAUUAUGACAGCAGUAAGGUUGCAAUCAGAUUAAAGGACUAUAAACACAUUACAAAACUGUCGGAAGAUCAAAUUAAGGAACAUCUUUAUAAUAUCGGACCGUUGAGUAUAAGUAUCGCCGCAUUAGCACUUCAUUCAUAUGUAAAUGGUAUUAUUGUUGAUAACUGUCUUAUUAGUAAUAAUAUUGACCACGAUGUCCUCCUGGUAGGAUACGGAAAAGAGAAUGGUAUCGAAUACUGGACCAUUAAGAAUUCUUGGUCUGAAAAUUGGGGAGACAAAGGUUAUUUUAGAAUACAGAGAGGAGUGAAUUGUUUAUGUAUAACUGAAGAUGGCAUUACUACAGCUGUUAUAUAA